AAAGCUUUUUCCCUGAGCAUGCACCCCUGUUUGCUUCCUCUUUCUUUCUUCGUCUUGCUAAUGAUAGGCAACUCCAUCAUGGUGAUUUUGGAGCUGCUGGAAAUCUAGCUUUGUCUACUGAAACAUUUCUACGGAAACCUUUAUAGGCAAAGGGAGCCAGAGAGCAAGUCUGCUUUAAGCAUAAUGGUGUCUGGAGUUUUCUUCUCUGGCUGGGAGGUGUAACUGUGGAGUGUACAGUAAUUAAUUUAAUCCAAUGUUGAGAGAGAAAGAGGAAGAAUGAUUGUAUCACGAAAAAAUAAGAGUCUUUUUAAAGUAUCAGAUGUAAAAUUGAAGCAGCCAUUUCAAUGACCUUUGUGAUUUCUAUUUCAGACAAAAGGCAGCAACCUAGUACAAGGGUAUCGUUUGUCUUCUCCCAACCUCAUCCUUUGUUCUCCUUGGGUUUAGCCUGUCACUUCCUAGGGUUUGGCUCUGUCCCUUGUUGGGACAGCAGCACUUCUCACCCGUGACUCUCAGAAGUGCUGUACCAGCAGCUCCGACACCCAGCGAAAGAUUUCUCAGGAUGCCAGAGCCAGCAAAGUCAACCUCAGCCCCCAAAAAGGGCUCCAAGAAAGCUGUGACAAAGACCCAGAAGAAGGGCGAUAAGAAGCGGCACAAAAGCAGGAAAGAGAGCUACUCCAUCUAUGUCUACAAGGUGCUGAAGCAGGUUCAUCCUGACACUGGCAUCUCCUCCAAGGCCAUGGGCAUCAUGAACUCCUUCGUCAAUGACAUCUUUGAGCGCAUUGCUGGAGAAGCCUCCCGCCUGGCCCAUUACAACAAGCGCUCUACCAUCACCUCCCGGGAGAUCCAGACAGCCGUGCGCCUGCUGCUCCCAGGAGAGCUGGCCAAGCAUGCUGUCUCUGAAGGCACCAAGGCUGUCACCAAGUACACGAGCUCCAAGUAGCCAGACAUCACCUCUGCAGCGGGACCAUCAAACACCAGGCCCUCCAUGCAAGCACGGGUAAGCAGCCAUGGUCUGGAUAAAUGUCACAGCUAUUAUCCACAGCAAUUUGCAGCCUUGGGAUGGGCAUGAAAAGCUGCCCAGUGGAAGAGGAGACAGUGAUCUGGAUGUCAGCUGAUUUUCAUAGUCUGUUCAGGACGUGGAAAGGAUUUGUCAAGGCUCACGGAGGAGGCUCUUGCUUUCACAUCUCAUUCAAAGAACUGACCAACCAUACUGUAUCCAGUCUCCUCUGUGCUUAGCAAACACACAUGUUUGGUACUGGCAGGGGAGACUGGCAGUGACAGACACCAUCCCUGAAGUCUUCCUGUUUGACUGCUUUCUCACAGUCAUCUGAUACGGGCACUGAGGAGUCAGCACUGGCAUCCUCUCUCAUAGCCUGGAUCCCUCCUAAUGUGCUGUGGCUCAGCCCACCCUGUGCUGGCAGAAGCAACAGCUACCAGGCACACAUUGAUUCAACAGCUAUCUGUGCUUGACAGCCUGUUUUAAAGAGCAAACCUGGCAGGCAGGCAGAUGCCCAAGUUGAUACCAAGUGCUAAUCCUCCUCAUUGCUCCCGAUGGAUGAGCCAUGGAGCAGGCUGAGGGUGCUGGCGCUGCCUCCACCUUGUGCCAAGGUGGAGAGAUGGACAAGGCGAGAUGUUGGGACUGGGUCACCACCUUUCCUGGCUGCUGCUUUGCCUGCUUUAGGACUUGCUUUGAUGUGCAAGACUUUGCUAAUUCUGCUGCUUUUUACAGACUUUUCCUGCCUUGACGCUGCCUGGGCGCUCCCACCGUAAGUGUGGGUGAGAAGGGGUGGGGCCCAUGAGUGUCCCCUCUCCUGUGAGCUCUAGGCUGGUACAGGACAAACAUUAGAGAAGUGUUGGGAGGGGACUGAGGAUUUGGGAAGGCAUCUGGUAUGGGAGCAGAGGUGGGUAAUGCAUUUUGGGGGGGAAAGAGGCUGGCUCCCUGCAGAGAUCACUGCAGGCAGCUCACCUGGCCCUGCCUUCCCUGCUUUGUUCAGCAGUUAGAAAGCAAAACCAAAAACUGGGGUUGGGUGGAUGUAUAGGGACACUUUCCUGCAUCCCAGGUAUUUUAAAGAUUACUCCCCACAUCUUCUCAAAAUCCACAGUAAGGUGAGCAAUAAUAGAAUCUUGUUAAAAGCCAUAGAGAUUAGUGGAGGCAUAUCCUGGUUACAGGUUUAUCUUGCCCAGACUGCUGGAUAGCAGAAGAGCAUGUGUAGCACUGGUGUGAAGUUGAAACUUCCCACUCAAAACACAAAAUUAGCCAACAUUAAAAAAAAAUCAAAGUCUCUGGUAGGCAGUAAUGCUUAGAUAAAAAAUAUGCAUGUCUAAAAUAACAACAGUUUUCCGCAACUUAUUCUGUAAAUAAAAGGAGCAGCAAAGGCACAGGAUCCAGAACUAAGUGCAGAUUCUCCCUAAACUCCAAGACCUUGUUUUUAAUCAAAAAGUAAAUUCAUACUCCAAAAUAGCAGCCUUGCAGUACAUCUCUAACUUUCCCCUGCAUUUAUCUCUAUCAUGUUUCUUUAUGCUUUGAGAGUAAUUGGAACCUUUAAAAAAUUUAGAUUGCUUUUGGAACUGUAGGACUCUGCCUCUCCAGAAGAUUCAGUUAUUCCUUGGUUUUAUAAUAACAUUGCAGUCAUUUUUCAGUUGGUCUGAGGAGAGGACUGCAUAGACCUGCUCAACCAAGAGCACCUCAGAAACCCAAGAGCAGCCUGAACGUGCGAUCUCUGUGCAGGAGUAAAGGUCAAGUUGUUUAUGGGCUGCUCCCAGCCCCCUGCAUUGGUUUGAACACCCCACACCUGAAAAGGGACUUUCCUACCGCACUCUGCUCAGUGAUAACACGCAGCUGUGUUUCAUAGCCUAAUGCCAGCAGGAAUGUCUGGUGAUAUCUCUCAGAAAGAACAGCACCUGGUUAGCUGGCUGCCAGGACCCACAAGGAGCUGCUCCCAGCAGCAGCACCUGUACUCAGCAGUAUUGGUAACCUGGGCCACUUGGCCAGGACACUUUGGAGGUGACAGCUUAUUACUUACUUUUGUUUUCCAAUCAAAGACUCAAAAUCAGAUGCCAAAGAUUAAAAUGUAUCUGCAGUGGGCCUAAAGCCACCAUCCUUGGCCAUCAGAAAUCCAGACAGUGGAUGAUGCAUAAGGGGAAUAUAGGGAGUGAAGGACUGGUUGACAUUGCUGUAGCUUUCUUCUUCUGUCCCUAUGAGCUGCAGGUCAGAAUUCACCCCCCUGGGGAGUCAUCUUGAAGGUAGAAAUUCAAAGUGGAAUAAACUUACUCCAGCCUAAGCAAUGUGUGCGAGCCAGGGCACACAUCUCCUAGGAUUACUUGGCACAGCCUCUAAACCCUCACUCUUUUGAGCAGAGCAGAGUCCUGCUUCAGUCUCCACAAGCUGCAAGAAAUCAGGAAAAUAAAAUGAGAUUUCAGUCCUCCAGGGUCACCUGGGUGGCUUGAGGAGCCAGGAAUGAGGCUGGUCUUUUGGGCAAGAGCUGCUCACCCCAUACACCUACUCACAGUACUGGUCCCAUUUGCUUCUGCCAUUGUUGCCACUCUCCAUUUUUGGAGCUUGUUUCAGAGAGAAGAGAGACAGUGAUUUAAGGCUACAAAAAUACCUGAAGACUUAAAGAGGAUUUUUAUAUUGUCUAAAGCUGAGUGACUGAGACUGAUCACAUCCAUCCAUUUAUAGUUUAGGUUGUCCUUGCACACAUCAUUUGCUCUUUAGUCUCCCUUUGGUAUUUUUUUUUACUUGCCCCUGACAAUGUGAAGCACAGGAUUGAGGAACUGAUCCAUGUUAAAAUGAAAAAGUUUUUUUUUUCUCUUCUUGAAAGAUUUGUUUUAACCCAGUUCUGGUGGCUGCUCUGUUCUGUCACUGUUGUACAGACACUUGUGCCAGUGAAAGGAAGGGAUGAUCCAGGAAAGGCAAGGCUGGUAUAAGCUAGGACUGACACAGAAAGCAGUUGGGAAGUUAAUGGCCCUAGUGUCAAGGGAAAAUGAAGAAAGGAAAUCUGAGUCUCCUGCAGUGGUUGAGUUAGCAGCAAAGAUGAGGCUUUUAAAUAUGCCACUAUGGGUGUUACCCAUGCAGUGUCC